UUAUCACAUGUAAUUCUUCUCUGACUACUGUAGUAUGGGUUUUAUGAUUCUGGUGGUGGCUUUGAAGACGCUGGGUGGUAACUCAGAGAAAGAAGGCGUCUACAAGAAAGUGGGUGACAAAGUCGUCCUCACACCAGGCUCUGCGCCUGCUUCCAUCACCAGGAUCAAGUGGACACAUGAUCAGGACAUUGCUCUGGAGUGGUCCAGACGAGAACCUUACACUUCCUGGCACUUCCGAGAUGGCUGUGAGGUGGAUACCUCCACUGGGGUCCUGACGAUCUCAAACCUGGCUCUAAACGACAGCGGCAGCUACACGGUGGAGAUUAAUGAUGAAGUCAUGAGCACAACAGAAAUCAUUGUUAUCACCACUGUCCCUAAUCCCACUGUGUCCACAUGGUGCAACCCUGAGAUGACCUACUGUAUUCUCACUUGUGAACCCAACGUCACAGACGACGCCAAACCGAUCACCUAUUACUGGGUGACUGGUGAUAUGGUGAAACAGUCUCCAACCAAUCAGUUCAACAUCACACAGGAAAACAGAGAGCGUUUGAUAAGCUGUCAGCUGGAAAACCCAGUCAGCCAUGAAUACAGUGAAAAAAUCCUGAAUCCACUCUUAAUCAGGAAUCGGGCUUUACUGAGCUUACCAUUUGUAGGGAUUGUGGUGUUCCUGUUUGGCCUUAAUUGUUGCAAAUGCUGGUAA